CUUCCGCCAACUAUCCUACUCGAGAUUAUGGUUGUUAUAGGAUCCUUAUUGCAGUUAGCAUCCUGGUUUUGAUACAGUCUAUAUAUAUAUAUAUAUAUAUUAUUCAAAUAGUAAUACAUUUAUUGGAAUAGGGGUGAAAGUUAGAAUGUUUGUCAGAGAUGCAAAGGCUCGCUGUCCUCAUCUACUAAUUGUACUUUACAAUUUUGAAGCUUAUGAGGAGGUUGCUGACCAGUUUUACAACAUCUUGCAUAAACACUGCGAUAAAGUGCAGGCAGUAAGUUGUGAUGAAGCAUUCCUGGAUAUCACUGGUUCAGAUGUGACAGAUCCUGAGAUUUUAGUUUCAGAAAUAAGAAAAGAAAUCCUGGAAAGCACAUGUUGCACAGCUAGUGUAGGGAUUGGUGCCAAUAUGCUUAUGGCUCGUCUUGCCAUUAGAAAUGCUAGCGAACACUUUCUUUCGAGCCUGUGCAAGGAGGUUUCUUUGCGCUUGCAGGGGUGUGGUUUACAAGGGCGUACUUAUACACUAAAGAUUAAGAAGCAUAGAAAAGAUGCAAGGGAGCCUGCAAAAUACAUGGGGUGUGGAGAUUGUGAAAAUCUCAGUCACUCUAUGACAGUUCCAAUUGCUACUGAUGAUGUAGACAUUCUCCAAAGGAUAACAAUGCAGUUAUAUGGAUCAUUUCACAUAGAUGUCAAAGAUAUUCGAGGAAUCGGGUUGCAGGUGACUAAGAUGGAGAGUGAUGAUAAUAUGAAGCAAGGGCAUGAGAGAAAUUCUAUGAGGUUGUGGCUUGCAUCUGGCUCAACAAGCUCCAGUAAACAGUGUAACUUGCGUGAUACAAGUCAAUCCUACCUUGAGCUUGUUGGACCUUCAGUGAUGAGGCCAAUUCCGUCGUUCCAUGAGACUCGCUCAAACUCACCACUGCCAUCACUGGAUGAUCUUGAUCUGGGUGUUAUUGAGAGCCUCCCUCCCGAGUUGUUUUCAGAGAUUAAUGAUAUUUAUGAUAAUUAGUUCUUGGAUGCCGAUUUUGACAUCUGAGGAAGCUUAAUAAUUAGAUUAUGACGUGAUUUGUUUGAGUCUAUAUUAGGAACAAUCCAACGUAGAUAUAAUGGGGAUGUGCUAUAACAAAUACUUUAACCGUAGUUUGUUUACAUAGUGAAUGUUUUUGUAAUUGGAUCUGACUUCUGCUCACCUUCUUGCCUAGUAGU